AUGUUGAAAAUUACCGACAAUGUGAUUUUAUUAUCAUUAUGUAUUGUCAGUACAUUAGGACGUCCAGAACCACCUCCACCAUCACCAUCACAACCAUCAAUUGAAUAUGGUUCACCAUCUCCAUCAUCAGAACCACAAAAGGAAUAUGGUCCACCACCACAACCGCAACCACCAGCACCACAAAAAUAUUUACCACCGUCUGCACCUCAAAUACGUCCAGUUUAUGGACCACCAAGACCAAUUUAUGGUCCACCACCUGCUGAAAGAUUGGUAACAAAAAAUAUUUAUGUACAUGUACCACCAGAAGAACCAGUUGAAUGGGCACCAAGUCAACCAAUUAGAAUGCCAGUACCUAAAAAACAUUAUAAAAUUAUAUUUAUAAAAGCACCAGUACAACCAAGUCCAACAGUACCACAAAUACCAUUACAACAACAAGAUGAACAUAAAACAUUAGUAUAUGUAUUAGUUAAGAAACCAGAAGAACCACAACAAAUUAAUAUACCAAUACCAGAACCAACGGAACCAAGUAAACCAGAAGUAUAUUUUAUUAGAUAUAAGAAUGGAAAUAAACCAUCAUCAGAAUAUGGGCCACCAAAAGGACCAUAUUAA